AUGUCUCGCAUCGCCGCCGCCUGCGCGCGUGCCGCUCGCCACACCCGCCCUCGUGCUCCCCGGCUCUCGACGCCUGUCCUCUCACUCGCAUCAGCGUCCCGCGCUCUGCCUCGCCAUGUAUCGCUGGCCCCAAGCGGCACACGCGCGUUCCACGCCUCGUCUCGCUCCCUCGGUCUCUUCCACUUCAAGCUCCACGAUAUCGGAGAGGGCAUCACAGAGGUGGAGAUGAUCAAGUGGCAUGUCAAGGUCGGCGAUGUCAUCGAGGAGUUUGACUCGCUGUGCGAAGUUCAGAGCGACAAGAGCGUUGUCGAGAUCACGUCCCCGCACGCCGGAAAGGUGGCCAAGCUGAAUGCCGAUGUUGGCAAGGUGAUCAAGGUCGGCAUGACCCUGUGCGAGCUGGAGACGGACGCCGUGGACGAGGCAGAGGCUGAGGCCGAGGCUGCACCAGAGCCCGAGGCAGCUACCCCACCACCACCACCUCCUCCUCGCCGUGAGGCCGCUCCCCCAACCCCUGCACCUGCUCCUCCUUCACCUCCUGCCGCUGCCGCUCCGCCCAAGCGCGCACCGCGCCCACACCCGCUCGACGACACAGCCGUCCGCUUCGAGGGCGAGGCCUCUGUGCUCCCGCAGGCCCCCAAGCGCCAGAUGAAGAUCCCCGACUCGGUCGAGGCCCGCCGCGAGGGUGGUGGCCAGGUGAAGCGUAUUGUCAAGGCAUCGCCGGCCGUCCGCGCCCUGGCAGGCCGGCUCGGCGUGGAGCUCGAGGACGCUACCCCGACCGGCGACGGAGGCCGCGUGACCCGCGAAGACCUUGAGCGUCUCGCUGCCGAGGGUUCGGCUGCCAGCUCCAGCUCGGCCCCUGCGCCUACCCCAUCUGCUUCUGCCCCCCGCCCAGCCGCUGCUCCCCGCCAGUCGUCUGCCGCCCCCGUCGACCGCGGCGAGAACGUCGAGCGCAUGGAGAUGGGCCGCACCCGCAAAGUCAUGUACAAGGCUAUGGGUUCGAUGGGCUCUGUCCCCCACUUUGGCUACGCACACACUCUGGACCUCACCAACCUCCUGCCCUUGAUGAAGGCCGCGAACGCACCGCGCUCCGAGCCCUCGGGCUACAUUGCGUCCGACGUGCCCGGCUCGCUGGUUCACCCGGCCCCCGUACCCGAGCGCGAGAAGACGUCUCUCCUGGCCUUCCUCGUCAAGGCGCUCUCGCUCGCGCUGGAAGAGCACCCCAUCAUGCGCGCCCGCGUGCGCGAGCAGGGCGAGCAGCGCUGGCUCGACGUGAGCCGCGACGCCAACAUUGGCAUUGCCGUCAGCGACCCCAAGUUGGGCCUCCUCACGCCCUCCCUCCCCGCCCUCGACCCGUCCUCGUCCGUCGCCACCAUUGCCGGUGAGCUGUCGGCGCUGCGCGCGCGCGCCGCCCGUCCAGGCCCCCUGCCGCACAUCACCCUGUCGUCCGUCGGCGGACUGGGCGAGGCGCGCGGCGCCAUGCCCGUCCUGCCCCCCGGCGGCGGACUAGCCAUCGCCGCCGUCGGCCGCGCCGCAUGGGAGAUGGAGUGGGCGCUGCGCGGCGGCGACAAGACCCGUGGUAAAGACCAGUUUGGCCUGUCGGGCGUCUGGGGUGUCGAGCCCGGACAAGUGGAGAAGGCCGGCCCGCGGGCGGUGCUCCGCUGCCCCGUGGGCUGGAGCGGCGACCACAGGGUGCUGGAGGGCGCCGAGCUGAUUGCGUUCACCGAGACGUGGAAGCGGUUCGUCGAGGAGCCCUGGCGCUGGAUGGAGGUGUAG